ACACAAGUCCGUAUGCAUUGGACACACUCACACUUUCCAGAGGACUUCUAGAUCAGAAGAGGCAGAGAUCUGAAUCACCAGCCCAGAGAGGAGAGGAGAGGAGAGAGGCUGACCAGCCAGCAGCUACAACAACACGCAGAUACCGAGCAUCAGUCACAGAGAUAAAGCAAGGGCGAGGGAUACAACGCAUUCUUUUUGUUUAAGAUACUGAUCAGAAAGUCGAGAUGGCAGCAGACGAGACAACAAGCUUGUUGGAGGAGGGAGAGGCCAAUGUGGAGCAGGCCAACGGAGGACCAGACAGCCCAGCAGACAGGGAGUCCCCCAGGUCACGUGGCAAGAUGGUGCGUGUUGAACUGGAGUGGGAGAUCCCCAUGUCUCUGUCACUGCCUAUCCAGGUGGAGCCCGACGCGGCACACCAGCCUUUUCCCUUCCUGGACACAACACUGGCCGACCUGGGCAUCCAAGAGUCAGAGGUGAAGGAGAGGGUGGUGUGGGUCGACACCAAGAAGACCCAGGUUAAGAACAAAGCAGGGAAGCUGAAGGAGAAAGAGAUCACCAUCCUGGAGGUGAGAGUGAAAGCCCAGAAGCCGGGAGACAAACAGCUCCAGGAGGUCCUGUACAGCACUGAGGCACACACUGACCGCUCCUUCUGUCGUACAGGAAUGGCUAUCCUGCCCUGGAAACACAGGAGUACAGGGGAGAAUGGACUGACACCGGUGCAGAUGACUAUGGCGUUGGACAUGGAAAACCAGCAGCCUGACUCCACUGAGGCCCAGGGACAACGGGAGAUCUGAGGAGUCGCCAUCAUCCAAAACAGAAUGCAGAUUUAAUUUGAAUCCACAAGCUAGCCAUUAAGGCUAACAUAGAGGUUCAACUAGUCCACAGCAAAGCACAUUUUUUAACUCCAUUUUGAUUCCAAGAUGCAAGUUUGCAUUUAUUUAGAGGAUUCAAACUAAGUGUCGUCGGUUUCUCUUUCUAGUGAGGCGAGGUUAAAUGGCUUGACAUUAACUGCAUGCCGAAACUUGCCAGCGUUGUAGCAUCAUGUUACUUUUUUGUAGCAUUUGUAAAAAAAAUAUCUCUUGCAUUUGUCAAAUAUGUGUUGUAGGAUACUGUUGAGUAGUUUUUGAUAGGCUGAGCAGAAAUAGCAUGGAUAGAGACGGACUGGUUACUCAGGCUGGGCUGCUUUAAGCAUUAACAGUGUAUUUAGGGUAAAGUAAGUGCUGUUUUUUUUUUUUUUUUUUUAAUAACAACUACAUGUGGUGUAUUAGCUUUAGUAUGUCCAGACAGUCAGGGACCUUUGGGGUUCUUAUUGUUGUAUAUCAGCCAGAGUACACGCAACACACCGCUGCAGUUUGCCAUUUAGAGAAAGCCCUUUGUAAGCAGCAGAUACAUCUCUGAGUAAGGCAACGCUAAGAGAAAACACAUA